CUCACACAAGCGGCUGCAGUUCGUCUAGAGAUCCCGUGGCUCACAAUUCCCUUACUACUUUCUUUUAGACCCUCCUUCGAUGUGCCCCGUUAUUACCGUUUGUCAGAAGCGUUCAUUUCCGCACCUGCCGCGAUAGAGACCAGGCGAAAGCGAGGUAGAAGAGGAGACAAGGACAUUGCGAGAGCUGGGAGAGGCAGACGGCUGAGACAGCCGCGGUGACUCGUUUGAGAUCUUAAAAGACAAAAAGAAAAAUAAAUAAAAAAAAAUUAAAAUGCUGCUUCGGACCAAAAUCGUUUUGAUCGGUUUCAUCUGCCUGUCCUUGGUGUCCUCUGGGAUGGGAUGCGGACCGGGCAGGGGCUAUGGCAGGAGAAGACACCCGAAGAAGCUGACACCUCUUGCGUACAAACAGUUCAUCCCCAACGUGGCGGAGAAGACCCUCGGGGCAAGCGGCAGAUACGAAGGCAAGAUCACAAGAAACUCCGAGCGAUUUAAAGAACUGACUCCCAAUUAUAACACAGACAUCAUAUUCAAGGAUGAGGAGAACACCGGUGCCGACAGGCUAAUGACUCAGAGAUGUAAAGACAAGCUAAACUCCUUGGCUAUCUCAGUGAUGAACCAGUGGCCCGGGGUGAAGCUGCGGGUCACUGAGGGCUGGGACGAGGAUGGACACCACUUUGACGAGUCCCUUCACUAUGAGGGCAGGGCUGUCGACAUCACCACCUCAGACAGGGACAAGAGCAAAUACGGCACUCUGUCCAGGCUGGCGGUGGAAGCCGGAUUUGACUGGGUCUAUUAUGAGUCUAAAGCCCACAUCCACUGCUCUGUGAAAGCAGAAAACUCAGUGGCAGCAAAAUCAGGCGGUUGCUUCCCAGGCUCCUCCACGGUCACCCUCCAGGAUGGCACCAAAAAAGCGGUCCAAGCUCUCCGAACAGGCGACAGGGUCCUGGCAGCUGAUAGCCACGGAAACCUAAUUUACACCGACUUCGUCAUGUUCAUAGACCGAGACUCGACGUUCAAGAGGGUCUUCUACGUGAUCGAGACUGAAUCUGGUCAGAGAAUAACCCUCACCCCCACGCAUCUCAUCUUCAUCGGCAGUGACAACAUCACGCAGGCGGAGCCACGGAUGUCGGCAGUUUUCGCCAGCCACGUACAACCUGGGGACAAGGUGUUCGUGUUUGAUGCCGAGCAAAGUCGACUCGCUCCGGUGAACGUGAAACGGAUUUACACGCAAGAGCACCAGAGCUCCUUUGCACCGGUGACCACGCAGGGGACCAUUGUGGUGGAUCAGGUCCUUGCGUCCUGUUACGCAGUGAUCGAGGACCAUGACCUGGCGCAUUGGGUCCUGGCACCUGUCAGGCUCGCCCACUGGGUGUCCUCGUUGCUUUUCAGCUCCCAGCCUCGAGAAAGUGCACAGACCGACGGAGUGCACUGGUACUCCAAAAUCCUUUAUCAACUGGGGACAUGGCUCUUGGACAGCCACUCAAUUCAUUCAAUCGAGAUGUCAGUGUACCCGAGUUGAAACCCUGAUAUGAGCAGAAUGAGACUUUAACGUAGGACACGUGAACUAUUCAGUAGAUAAAAAAUGAAAUAAUAAAAAAUAAUAAUAAUUAAAAAAGAGAAAAAAGAAAAGAAAAACGAAGAAACGAGACAAAGGCCCCAGCGGAGUUGGGAUAUUUAUUUCAGUGAUUUUUUUUUCCAUGCUGUGUCCCCUUUCAAAGAAUGAAUGGAGCCUUAAAAAGUUUCUCUUUGAAUAAUUUAUUCUCAUGUGAACUCUGCUGCUGUCACAUAAAUGGACUCUGAAACGGUGCAAGCAGCACAUUGUGCAUAAUCUAUUUUUGUAUAUCUCAAAUGAAAAAAAGAAUGAAAAAUAAAGGAAAAAAAAGAAAAAGAAAAAAAAAUACAGCAAAGAGAACGGGGAUCAUGUAGAAAGGAGCUAACUUUGACCGGUUGUAAUGUGCAUAUGUGCAUAAUGUGUGCGACUGACUGUUAUAUUUUGGGGAGAACAAACUUCGCGGGGUUCCAUAAAUUAUAUUUUUAUACACAGAAUUGUAAAUUAGAUUUUGACAGAUCGCUACUGAAUCACAUUUCGUUAUUUGAAAUAGUGUAAGAUAUGAGAAUAUAUUUUAAUUUAAAUACAGUAGCUGGGAAAGUAUUGGAAAAAUCUUGUACUGCUUUGGUUUAUUAAGAAUUUUAUUAUUUUGUAAACUGUUGGUUUUAAGUUGUCGGAGAGGGACAGAUAUUCUGCCUCAUGUCUGCAUUCUCUGUUUUAUUUUUGUGUAUGUGCGUGUUUCUAUUUUCACUGUUUUCUUUUGAGAAAAAUAUCAAAAUGCAGAUUCUGACAAUUCAGUAACUGUUAAGUAGUACUGAAACAGUUUCGUUGAAUAAAUUAAUAAGUAACUCAUGUAAAUGUACUAAAAUGUUAUUUUUCUUUUCAUAUUUUGUAAUAGGGAAAUAGUUUUAUAUAGAAAUGACAUGCGGCAGAUGCACAGUUUGGAUAGUCUAUAUAGCCAGACCAUACCAGUUAACUUUCAUAACAGGGCAAUGUGUCAAAAAUGUCUAGAGUUUAUUAUUUAUAUGUUUAUUACAAAAUGAGAUAAACAAAAUCUUCAAACUU